CGCUGCUACCAAGGCGAAAGUGCGGCGCUUUUAUUGAGAAUCAUGUUUUACUAAGCGCUGCAGUAUCACCUUUCUCCUUGCAUCUUCUCCUGUCUAGUCUACGCGUUCCACAAGGCCUUGCAAGCUUAAGUUCACAAUGCAAUCAUCGCUCUAGUAACGCUUGGCAGUUGUCUAUUAGCGGUGUCCUUGAUAGGCUCGCGCCAUUUGAGUGAGCAUACACCGCUUGAACCACCAGCCAUGAAACAAAAGAGCAUCGGAGCAUUUUUUACAGGAGCGAAGCCAGCCGCAAAGGAUUCUGCGAAAGGGACCUCCGUUAAGGCAGCGGAGCCCAAGGUGCAGGACAAAAAGGAACCCGCGAACGAGCAGGAUGCUCAUGCCGAGCAGUUGGAGGAUAGCUUAAAGCCUGCUCGCAAGCGCCUCCGACGCACGGUCAUCGAAGAUGAGGAUGACGACGGUGAGCAAACAGCUGCCCCUGCUGUUGCGUCAUCGGGAGCGACAGGCGUAGCACAGCCCGCGUCAGCGAUGGAAGAUGGGGACGAGCCCUCGAAGGAGAAGAAGCAGCCCGCCACGGCCGACGCGUCACCACCCUCAGCGUCUCCCAGCGCUGCCGCUCCCGUUGCUGCUGCCCUCAGCCCAUCUAAAGCUGCUGCUGCUACUGCCGCUAAGCCCAGCACCACAACCGCACCCUUAGCAUCCAUCUUCCAACGCCCCGCGGCUCGGAAGGCUGCAGCAGCUGCUGCUGCUGCUGCUGCUGCGGGCUCCAGUCCUGCUCGUCCCAGCGGCAAGACGCAGCCUGCAGCGGGCUCUGCAUCCGCCCAAGCGGGCCCAAGCAGCGGCAAGGCAGCUAGCAAAGCCGCCGCCACAGCUGCUCCCAGCCCCAGGAAAACAACGGCAACUGCUGCUGCUGUUGCUGCGCCUCCUGAGGACGGGAAGAAGGAAACGAAAGAGGAUGACAAGGACAAGGAGGAGGAGCAGAAGGCUAAGCCCGCACCUGCCUCUGAGAGCAAGAAGAAGGAGAAGAAGCCCAAGGCGAAGUCCGAGGACGAGGAAGCAAGCGGGGAGGAGGACAUUGAGGACGAUGAGGAGGAGGAGGAUGGCGAGGACCCCAUUUCAGACAGUGACGAGGAUGCGGGAGGAGAGGUAAACGAGAUCCUGCCGUUGGGAGGAGGUGAUGCAGGGGACAAGAAGAAGAAGAAGGACGGCGCAAAGCGCGCUGCAAAGGCGGCGAGCAAGGCCGCCAAGGGCGAGAAGAUGGAGGGUGUGGGCACGGGCGCCCUGGCCGCCGCCUCCAAGUACGCGGCUGCUGACAUCGCCUCGCUCAUCACGUGGAAGCCCGGGUCACCGGUGCCGUACUCGCUGCUGGCCAACACAUUCGAGGCCAUCGCCGAAACCACCAAGCGGCUGGAGAUCGUGGCGCUGCUGGUGUCCGCCUUCCGCGCCAUCCUCGCCACCACCCCGGCUGACCUGCUGCCCGCUACCUACCUAUGUGUGAACCGAGUGGCGCCUGCUCACACGGGGAUCGAGCUGGGCAUUGGAGAGGCGACACUCAUUCGGGCGCUGUGUGAGGCCACCGGCAAGAACGAGGCGAGCAUCAAGAAGGCCUAUGAAGCCAGCGGAGACCUGGGGGUGGUGGCAGUGGGCGCCCGCAGCACUCAACGCACCAUGUUCCAGCCGCCUCCGCUCACCAUUGCCAGCGUGCUCAAGUCCUUCCGGGACAUUGCGCAGACGGCCGGCAACCGCAGUGUGGACAACAAGCGCGGCAUGAUCGUCAAGAUGCUGGCGGCGGCCAAGGGCAACGAAGCGGGCUACAUCAUCCGAUCGCUGCAGGCCAAGCUGCGUAUCGGUCUGGCGGAGCAGAGUGUGCUGGUGGCGCUGGCUCAUGCGGUCCAUCUGCACCGCGAGGGCGUGAAGGAGCGGGAGGGGCGGCUGGCGGAGCGGCUGGAGGCGGCAGCGCAGGUGGUGAAGCAGGCGUACAGCGAGUGCCCGUCGUACGAUGUGCUCAUCCCUGCCCUCCUGGAGCAGGGCACGGCGGACCUGCUGACCCGCUGCCACUUCAUGCCCGGGGUGCCGGUGAAGCCCAUGCUGGCAAAGGCCACCAACAGUGUGGGUGAGGUGCUGGAGAAGUUCACGGAUUCCGAGUUCACGGUGGAGUACAAGUACGACGGCGAGCGGGCGCAGGUGCAUGUGGUGGAUGCGGGCAAGACCGUGCACAUAUUCAGCAGGAACGCGGAGAACAACACGCCCAAGUACCCGGACAUUGUUGCCCGGCUGCGGGGGCUGCUGAAGCCGCACGUGCAGUCCAUUGUGUUUGACAGCGAGGCGGUGGCGUACGACCCGGACAGGAAGAAGAUCCUGCCGUUCCAGGUGCUGUCGACGCGCGCUCGCAAGGACGUGUCGGUGGGCGAGAUCAAGGUGCAGGUGGUGCUGUUCGCCUUCGACUGCCUCUACCUGAAUGGCGAGUCGCUGCUGCACCGCCCGCUCACCGAGCGGCGCCAGGCGCUGUACGGCGCCCUGGUGGAAAAGCCGGGGGAGCUGGAGUUCGCAUCGGCCAAGACCAGCCGGGAUGUGGAGGAGCUGGAGGGCUUCCUGAACGAGUCGGUGGAGGCGGGCACGGAGGGGCUGAUCGUGAAGACGCUGGCCGACUCGUACGAACCCUCAAAACGCUCCAGCCAUUGGCUCAAGCUUAAAAAGGACUACAUGGAGGGUGUUGGCGACACGUUUGACGUGGUACCGCUGGGGGCGUUCUUCGGCAAGGGCAAACGUACAGGUGUGUACGGCGCCUACCUACUGGGAGUGUACGACCCCGACACUGAGACCUACCAGACCAUCAGUAAGCUGGGAACGGGGUUCAGCGAAGAGCAGCUGGCGCAGCUGGCCGACACCAUGCGGCCGCACAUCAUCCCGCAACCGCGCAAAUACUACAGGUGGAGCGAGGGUCUGGUCCCCGACGUGUGGUUCGACGCGGCUGCAGUGUGGGAGGUGAAGGCGGCGGACCUGUCCAUCAGCCCCAAGCACCAGGCGGCCAUGGGGCUGGUGGACCCAAGCAAGGGCAUCAGCAUCCGCUUCCCCCGCCUCAUCCGCGUGCGUGACGACAAGUCCCCCGAGGACGCCACCACCGCCGCCCAAGUGGCAGACAUGUUCCGGUCGCAGGCCAUCAUCAAGCAGCAGCAGGCUGCCAAGCAGAAGGAGCAGGAGGCGGAGGAGGAAUAGAGGAAGAGCCGGGGGCAGCCCAGGAAGGGGGGGGUGGGGGUGGGGAACGAGAGCAGCUGCUGCUGCUGCUGCAGGAUAUCUGCUAGGGCGGGUGACAUGAUGGAUGCAGGAGUCCCCUCCAUCGAGGGAUGAGGGGGUUCCCGGAAUCUGUUGAUGCUGUUGCUGCGGAUGUUUCCAGUGGCGUGUGAUGCCUGCGCGAUGCCAGUUUGCAUGGCCAGGGGACGCGCAGAGUUACGGCUUGGAGGGCAAUGCACGAAGGUGGCGUGCUUCGCCACCUUGUGCCGAAGCAGCACGAAGUGUUUGUGUUGUUGGGUUUGUCGUAUGCAGGUGUGCGGUGGCUGGUGGGCCUCCAAUGCUCGAUAGUUAGGUAGGCGGUGUUCCCGUAACCGUCCGAACAUCCCCGGCCGGACGCCAGGCGUUGACACUGGCGUUACCACCUACAUCUGGCCGCGGGGAUUCGGAGCUAUGCAGCUAGCCAUACCAGGGCUUUAUACUUGCAUCUGCGUAUAUACCAGCCAGGGCUGUGGAAUGCUUUCACUUAGGUGAUUUAGACGUUAAGGGGUAUAGGCAUUGGCUAGCACCGUGGUCGUAUACAGCGCACAAGCACACAUAACGCGCAAAGACACCCCGACUAGCGAACUCUGUUUGUGCAUCCUGCUAACCGCCGCUACCGUCAGCCUGAUGGAACCCGCAACGCGGUUCCUGCCCCACCACGACAAAACUCGUUCGCUACUUCGCUUAUAACACAAGUGCUUGCACCUG